CGCUUGCCACCCGCUUGAGCCGUCCCGGGCCGGUUCGUACCCUGCAGCCGGGCCUCUCGGCCCCCGGCAGCCGAACCGCGGCGGGGUGGCUGGCCUGCGCCGUUUGCAGCGUGGCCGCCUCCUCUGAGGCGCUGUGAUGUACUGCGAGAAGUGGAGGCCUGUGGCGGAGAUGUGUCUCUUCCUCGAAGACCUGCGGGGGGGCUCGCGCAUCCUCUGCCUCUGCUCGCGGGCGUUUGUGGAAGAUCGGAAAUUGUACCAUUUGGGACUAAAAGGCUACUAUGUUAAAGACGAUGACAGCAGUGCAGGAGAACAAGCCGCGGAAGAGGAGGAAGGAGGCCACUCCCAGGGCCCUGCAGAGCCCCACGACAACAGAUGCCCAGACCCAGAUGAGAGUGAACUGGAUUCCGAGGCUGAACUCAUGAGGAGUAUGGGCUUGCCCCUUCAAUUCGGUAGGAUGUCCGCACAUAAGAAUUUUGAGGAAUCUAUGAAUACUAGGAAAAAAGUUAAAAUAAUGAAAAAGAAAAAGAAAAAAUAUCAAAAGAAGUACUUAGAUGAGAUUAAGAGAGAAUCCUGGAGACAAUGUGAAGAAGAUGACAUUUCGGCUUCGGACGAUCCUUCUUCAUCUGAGAAUGAGAACGCUAGAAAGUGCAAAAUUCAAAGCCAAAAAGACAUUGAGGCUGAAAGUUUUCCCAUUGAAAACACAGUAGGUCCAAAGCUGGAAAUUACAGAGAUGUGGGAAAAGUACUGGAAUGAAUACGGUGGAGGACUGCUGUGGCAAAGCUGGCAAGAGAAACAUGCAGAUCAGACCCUGUGUCCAGAACCAUGGAAUGUUCCAGACACAAAGGAGGAGUGGGAGCAGCACUACAGUCAGAUGUAUUGGUACUAUCUGGAACAGUUUCAGUACUGGGAAGCUCAGGGCUGGACUUUUGAUGCCUCACAAAGCCAAGAUACAGACCUUGGUGGGUCUAAAAUAGAAGUUGACAACAAAAAAGACGAAAAUCAUAUGAAAGCAGAUGAACUUUUUCCCCCAUCUUUAUCCGUUGGCAGCGAAAGCUCUAGUUCAAGUGAUAAAGAUCAUAGUGAAAUUCUCAAUGGAAUUAGUAACAUAAGUCUGAAUUCAGAGAAAGUAGAACAGAGACAGGUAGAUCCCUCCCUAAGUUGUGAUGGACGUCAGUGUUUGAGUGAAGUUCCCAGCAGAAGAGAAUGCCCUGCUUCUGGCCACAGUGAACGGAGUCAUGGAGGAACCACGGAAAGCAGCUUGUCUGGGAGCAGAAGCACAGACCAGCCAGCUCAGGAUUCACAGGAGUCCUCAGAAGCAAACACAGUCAGAGACGGAUGCCACCGCAGUGGCACUGAUGGGGAUGAGAGUGGAGACGAUCCACCUGAAGAGAAGCGAAGCAAACUGAAGAGGAGUCAUGAGCUGGACCUCGAUGAAAACCCGGACUCAGACUUUGACAGCGAUGGUUCUCUUCUAGGAUUCAAGCACGGCUCAGGGCAAAAAUACGGAGGAAUUUCAAACUUCAGUCGCCGGCGGGUGAGGUAUCUGCAGAAGAACAUGAAGCAGAAGUCAAAGCCCUUGGACAUGAGACGACAAAUCAACAUGAAAAACAAGCACAUCUUCUUCACUGAAGAGUCAGAUAAAACUGGUUUUAAGAAAAGCAGAACUUUGAGUAAGGUAGAAAAAUUUCUAAAGUGGGUUAAGGAACCAGUGGAUGAAGAACCAUCGCCAGAGUCGGUUUCUCAUAACAACGUGCAAGACACUUGCACGAGCAGUGGCUCAGAGGAACCAGAAGUGUCUGUUGAGAAGGGGGAUGACCCAGUGGAAAGGAGUGAGGCAGAGCCUGGACAGCAUCCUGCUGUGUGUCCAGCCGGGGAAGUAGGGGCAGAGAAGCAUAAUGGGACCAGCCCAGAAGCUGCCGGGACAGAUACAGAGGGCUGCAUGCCCCAGGCUGCUUCGGACCCUCGCCAGGAAGAGGCUGAAGCUGAAAGUCAGAAGAAGAAGAAAAAGAAAAAGAAGAAGAAAAAGGGGCUGAGUCUGCCCCCUGAGAUUGCUGCCGUGCCUGAGCUUGUGAAGUACUGGGCUCAGAGGUACAGGCUCUUCUCCCGUUUUGAUGAUGGGAUUAAAUUAGACAGAGAGGGCUGGUUUUCAGUUACUCCUGAGAAGAUCGCCGAGCAUAUCGCAGGCAGAGUCAGCCAGUCCUUGGAGAGUGGCACCGUUGUGGACGCCUUCUGCGGAGUUGGAGGGAAUACCAUUCAGUUUGCUCUAACAGGGAAGAGAGUGAUUGCCAUCGAUAUUGAUCCUGUUAAGAUAGAUCUCGCUCGCAAUAAUGCAGAAAUUUACGGCGUAGUGGACAAGAUCGAGUUCAUCUGUGGAGAUUUCCUGCAAUUGGCGUCUAGUCUAAAGGCUGACAUCGUGUUUCUCAGCCCACCUUGGGGAGGACCGGACUACGCCACUGCCGAGAUCUUCGACAUCAGCACCAUGAUGUCUCCUGACGGCUUUGAAAUUUUCAGACUUUCCCAGAAGAUCACUAAUAAUAUCGUUUUUUUUCUUCCGAGAAAUGCUGAUAUCGACCAGGUGGCAUCCUUGGCUGGGCCUGGAGGGCAAGUGGAAAUAGAACAAAACUUUCUUAAUAAUAGGUUGAAGACAAUCACUGCUUAUUUUGGGGACCUGAUCCAAAGAUCAACCUCUGAAUCAUAAAUGAGGUGGGACAGAGAGACCAGAAGAUCAUGUAGCAUUCAAUUAUCAUUCACUGGAGUUACUCUCUGUGCUCACUGAUGUUUUGUGCCCAGAGUCUAGUGGGUAUUUGUGCCCAAAUACACAUUUUCCCUCACUGGUGCAGUACUAUGUGAAAUUUGCUUUUAAGCAUCCAUUUAUUUUAUAGUUAGUGUUUUUUA